AUGAGCACCACGCGGCCCGACGCCGUCCACGGCAGAAAGUACCGCAGCAAGAAAAACAGGCCGUGCGACCUGUGCCGCAAGAAGCGCAUGGCAUGUCUACGCGAGGAUAACAUGACACGAUGUCUGCCGUGCGAGCUACGCAAGCUCGACUGCACGUACGUGCUGGAGCCGGUCAAGAAGCGCAAGCGCAGCAACGAGACAGCGGACGAGGCACCUACAGCGGAGAAAAUCCGGCUCGACGUAUACACCACACGACCGCGCCACCUGACAGUUUCGAGCAACCAGCUGGACCAGAGGCCGCGGACGCGGAACUCGCUCGAGCUCCACAACGGCCAGACGAGUCUUUUUGUGGGCUUCAGCGGCGACCAGGAUCCAUGGCUUUUGAGCAAGCUAUACCGCGAUCAUGACGCGCCAGAGGAAUCUGACAUCAACUACGACCUCAAAAACCCCCUCAACACGAGUGUGCCGGUGAUAUUCUCGGUGUGUCCGACCGAGUAUCUUAACCCGCGGCCUGAUCGCUACCACGUCGAUACGAUCAAGCGGGUCUGUCUUCUUCCAGGACAUGCGCAGCAAGACGCUGUCGUCGACGCUGCUCGCAUCCAUGUUCAUCAUCUCGUCGUCGUACCUGGAGAAAGCCCAGCGGGAUGCCCUCAGCCAGGAGGACGCACAGACGUUCCAACUGUACGAUUUCGUGCUGAAAGCGCUGUCGCUGGAGCAGGGCGCUGCCACGCUGCAGACUAUCCAGGCGCUGCUGCUCAAGGUGAGCUCGCGGCCGCUGCUGAUCCGCAACGCCAACGCUCCCCGCCACUGGGUGCUGUCGGCAUCACUCGUAGCCAUGGCACAGGAGCUGGGCCUGAACCUCGAGCCGCGCGCAUGGGACAUCCCGCUGUGGGAGGUGCGCAUGCGGCGCCGGCUCUGGUGUACGUCCACGACAAGUGGGAGAGUUUUGGGCUGUCGCGGUCGUCGCACAUCGUCGACACGGAGUUCAGGGUUGACGAUCUGACGGAGACAGACUUUCUGGAGGAGCACGAGACGGAGCUCGCGCACGGGUCUGGGGUCCGCGUUUUCAUCGCCAUGGUGAGGCUCACCAAGGUGCUCGCUGACAUGCUGGGAUCAUUCUACUCGGUAUCGCAGUUCCUGAAGUGGAGCCGGUCGCCGGAGGAGAUGCUCGCGGCCGGCGUCGACCUGAUGAAUCGCGCCAACGUCGUCGAGACUAUAUAUCUGCCCACAGAAUGCCCCAGCGAGCUCAUUGGCUGUGUUGCCUCGUUUCAGCUCGCCAAGACGGCGGUGACUCUGUCCUGCUGCCGUGCGGUGCUGUACAACAACGGCGACGCCGGCAGGGUGGCCGUACACGAACGCGCCCUCCAGUACGCGGCAAGCUUUAAUGGGUACUUGGAAUCCAUAGUAAAGGAGAACCUGGACGUGUACUGGUGGAGCUACUCGCGGGUGAACUUUUCGAUCGUUGGGACGUGCAUCAUGGCGCUCUACGUGAUGGCGAUCGGAAAAGCCGAGGAGACGGGCUGGCGUGCCGAGGUCGAGCGGUACACACGCAAUCUGCAGACGAUCUCGAAACUCUCGCCGGUGGCUCAUCUCGCGCUUCUUCGUUUCAGCGGUCUAGUGAAGAAAACGCGAAACUACGAGCAGGGCAUUCGAAAUUCGUCCGAGGCCGGCGGCUCGGACCAGCUGUCGCCUGGCGACGGCCCGCUCCGCUACGAUCUCGACUGGCGUGGCGGCUCUUUCCCAGCCUCCUUCUUCAACGACGACGAUAUUUUCCUCGAGUGGCUGGCAUCAGGACCAAAAGAAUAA